AUGUUUUACUUCCACUGUCCGCCACAGCUAGAGGGCACUGCACCCUUUGGUAACCAUUCCACGGGAGAUUUUGAUGAUGGGUUUCUGCGCAGAAAACAACGGCGGAACCGAACCACAUUCACUCUUCAGCAGCUGGAAGCUCUGGAGGCAGUUUUUGCCCAAACACACUACCCUGAUGUCUUCACUAGAGAAGAGCUAGCCAUGAAAAUAAACCUCACAGAAGCCAGAGUGCAGGUUUGGUUCCAGAAUCGAAGGGCCAAGUGGAGGAAAACAGAGCGAGGGGCAUCUGACCAGGAGCCUGGAGCGAAAGAGCCCAUGGCAGAGGUAACCCCUCCACCGCCUGUGAGGAACAUCAAUUCCCCACCCCCUGGGGACCAGACCCGGAGCAAGAAGGAGGCCCUAGAGGCCCAGCAGAGCCUGGGGCGAUCAGUGGGUCCCACCGGACCUUUCUUCCCCUCCUGCUUGCCGGGGACACUCCUGAAUACAGCCACAUAUGCCCAGGCUCUGUCACACGUUGCUUCCCUGAAGGGGGGCCCCCUGUGCUCUUGCUGUGUCCCAGAUCCCAUGGGGCUCUCCUUCCUCCCCACCUACGGCUGCCAGAGUAACCGCACGGCCAGCGUGGCCGCCCUGCGCAUGAAGGCUCGUGAGCACUCAGAGGCCGUGCUGCAGUCGGCCAACCUCCUGCCAUCCACCAGCAGCAGCCCCAGCCCUGCGGCCAAGCCGGCACCCCCGGAAGGCAGCCAGGACAAGACCCCUCCCACCAAGGAACAGAGCGAGGGUGAGAAGAGCGUAUGAGGGUCUGGAGUGCCCAUGCCCCGUGUGCCCUUCCCUGCCCCCUGCUUCUC